AUGGUUCACGCCGUCGAUCCAGUCAUGCCGUCGGCAGCCAUCGCCUCUUCGGGGUCCCGCCCCCGCAAGGGCACUUUUCAAGAGAUCCCCGUCUCUUCGACCUCACACCCCGACAAUCCGAUCCCCGAAGAGCCGCGCGGCGUGCGAUCGCUCUCCGUGACCGAUACCAACUUCAACGGCUCACCCGCUUCCCAAGGGACCGACUCGACCGGUUCCAAUUCCCCUACCACCCCGAUCACACCCCCAAGCGAGACCCAGAGCGAGGAGGAGCUCGCUCACAAGCCCAAUGGCCGUCAACGCCGAGCUUCGACCAUUCUGAUCUCGCAGAACUCGGAGGACAUGCGCCGGGUGUUGGAGAAUGUGGGUACAGGUGGUACACAGAAGAUUCAAUCGAUGUGCUGCGGCGGAGGUUGCUGCCGAGGUCGGCCACUGCAGCUGCUGGACGGGCCCAUUUCCGGCUUCAAUUCGAUCACGGCGCCCGAUAAUAAGGCUUUUGCCAGCCUGAAGUUGAACUUGGAUCUCCUCACCUUGGACAGCCAUCUCUCCAAUAUCGCCCCGCUGCCGGAGAAGACCGUGUCGUUCAAGCCGGCCCCCGCACAUGCGGCCGAUAUCCAGCUUGGCCCCGCGGAUCACCCCCCGCAAUUCGUGCAACCGCAUCCUCCUUACGAGGUGUAUCGGGCUCCACUUCACCAUGCCCGGGAGCUGACCAAGGGCGGUGCGGAGAAGCGCACAUAUCACUUCGACAUUGAUGUCACCGAUUACCCCGCCGAGAGCGGGAUGGUGGAUUUCGUCGUGGGCGGCGCCAUCGGCGUGUGCCCCAAGAACAAAGACGAGGAGGUGGAGGAUAUCCUCAAUCUCUUGGGUGUGCCGAAAUCUAGGCGGGACAAGAAAGUGUGCAUGCGCACGACCAAAGGUCGCUGGCCGACGAUUUGGGGCGACGACAAGCCGCGCGAAGUGAUCACCACCCGCCGCGAAGUCCUGAGCUGGUGCUCCGAUAUCCAGAGUUAUCCCCCGACCAAGCCGCUCUUCCGUCUGCUGGCUGAGUACACAGCCGAGCAGAACGAGAAGAAGAUCCUCGAGUACCUGUCCUCCGCUCAGGGCCAAGGCGCGUUCUGCGACCUCCGCACAACCUCGCACAUCAGCCUGUCCCAGCUCCUAUACGCCUUCCCCUCCUCCCAACCCCCCCUCGACCACCUCCUCUCCGUGCUAAACACCCUCAUGCCGCGCUUCUACUCGCUCUCCCAAGACCCUAUGAUCUCUUGCCAGUUCAAGGGCACCGAGUGCCGCCGCCUCAUCGAAGUCGCCGUCACCGUCGCCGAGUCCAACGACUGGCGCGGCGGCGACCGCACCGGCGUGAGCUCCGGCUACCUGGAGCGCCUGGCGCAGCAAGCGAUCAAGGCCGAGGCCGCCGGCGAGAAACAUGACCUCCACAUCCCCAUGUUCCGCGGCUUGAUGGCCAACCCGCUGGCGAAGCGUUUCGCGUCCGACGGCCCUAUGCUGCUGAUCGGCGCGGGCGUGGGUAUCGCCCCGUUCCGCGGCUUCGUCCAGCGCCGCCUGCAGUCUGCCAACUGCGCCAACAAGGUCUGGGUGCUCCAGGGCGUACGCGACUCCCUGCUCGAUGAGUUGUACAGCGGCGAGUGGGGCGUGCACGAGGACAAGGUCCGCACAGUGGUACAGAGCCGUCGCGGCGAGAGCCGCUAUGUCCAGGAAGAGGUGCGCCACCAGGCAGAUCUGGUCUGGUACGUGAUCAACGCGCUAGACGGCCGAGUCUUUGUCUGCGGCAGCGGCAAGGGCAUGGGCGAGGGCGUCGAGGCCGCGCUUGUCGAGGUCGCCAUGGCCAAGGGUAACCUGAACGCCAAGGAGGCGGAGCUGUUCUGGCAGCGCAAGAAGGAGGCGGGACAGUACAUUGCUGUAAGUUGA